AUGGCGUAUGCGUCGCAUUGCAUCCAUACGACGCCGUUUGCAUCGCAAUGCGACCGUACGACAUCUCCUGAGGGUGUGCACACCGUGGAGGCGGCUGUGGCGCGGCUGCUGAAGGAGCUGGGGGUGGAGGCGGCGGAGGUGGGAGGAGAAGGGGUAGUGGGAGAACGGGCAGGGGGAACGGAAGUAGAAAGAGAGGGUAUAGGGGCUGGGGUGGGCAAUGGGGGACAGGAAGGGCGGAGGGGGGUUGUGGGGGGGCGGGAUAAGGGGGAGGUGGGGGAGGGUGAGGUGGGAAAGAGGGUGGGGGAUGGGAAAAGUAGAAUUUUGAAGGAAGGGGCAGGAGAGUGGAAAAUAGGGUGGCAUGGAGGAUUGAGGGGGAGGCGGCUGAUGGGACGAGAAGAGGAGGGCACAGGGGAACGCGAGUGGGAGGUGGGGCUGAACAAGCAGGGCAAGAAGGCGGAGGGGGGAAAGGGGGAGGGCGAGGGCGAGGGGAACGCGGAGGGCAAGGACGAGGGGAAAGGGGAGGGAAAGGACGAAAAUGAGGGCUCGAAGGUGAAGGAAGGAGGGGAAGGGAGGGGCGGGGAGGCGAUGCGGGAAGCGAUGCCGGAGGCGUGGCGGCGGUUCUAUGAGGCACUCCCCAAUGUGGUGGACGCAGAGGGCCACGAGAACAUGUGGAAAUCCCCCAUCUGGGUCUCCCUGGCCGUCAACAUGUGCGUGCGUGCUGUUGUAGACAUGGGCGUGUGUGCUGCUGUAGGCAUGGGCGUGUGUGCUGCUGUAGGCAUGGGCGUGUGUGCUGCUGUAGGCAUGGGCGUGUGUGCUGCUGUAGGCAUGGGCGUGUGUGCUGCUGUAGGCAUGGGCGUGUGUGCUGCUGUAGGCAUGCGCGUGUGUGCUGCUGUAGGCAUGGGCAUGUGCUGUUGUAGGGACAACCUCACCGACUCGCUGGAGGGGCAGGUGUGGCUCCCACAGGACCGCGCCCUGCUGCUACAGCCGCCCACCGCGCUACAAUCGGAAGGAGGGCCCGUGGCUCUCAUACCACGCAACAGCGGCUCAAGGGAUGGCUUUUACGGGGAUGUGGGCAUGGUGUUCCGGAGGGACUCGGACUACAUCAAUGCAGGCGUCAUGCUGUGGCGGAGAUCGUCCGACACCUUUAAGGUGGGGUGGUACAGCGAGCAGCAGGGCGACUACCACCUCUUCAACCACGUGUGGGAGCAGCACCGGCUCAACGAGGUGGCACGCUGGCCGCCGUGGCGGCGGAGGGUGCUCAUGGUGCCGUUCCGCGAGCUCACAGGGCCGCAGGGGGCCAUGGUGCGCCACCUGUGGGGAGGGGUGGCAAGCGAGGAGCAGGACAGGGUGGUGCAUGAGGCGUUGGAAGAAGCACUUGGCAGCCUGCAGACAGGGCAGCACAUACGUGUGCUUCACUAG